CCCUUGGAUUUGGUCUCGCCCACCGUUUCUGUCGUUUUUUCCAAAUAAAAACCACAAAACUCUAAGGAAAGCAGUGGUAUUUUGCGUGGAAAGAAAAUAUGGCCGACAUUCAAACCAAGUAUCAAAAAUUGGCUCAAGAAUUUGCCAAGCUUCGAGCCCAGAACCAAGUAUUGAAGAAGGCAGUUGUAGACGAACAAGGCAAACAGAAUGUCUUAAAGGAUGGUGUGAAAGAAAAAGAUCAGAAAAUCCGCAAGUCUGAACAGGAGAUUGACAGUCUAUCAUUCCGCAAUCAACAACUGACCAAGAGGGUGAAUGUUCUCCAAGAUGAGCUUGAGGCGGCCGAAGGAAAAGGCAAAAAGAACAAGGCUGAUCAUGGUGUAUUAAAUAGAUCUGCAGCACCAGGUGGUGUUAUGAAUGAAGAACUCCGCAGUAAAAUUGAAGAAAAUGAGAGGCUACAUAAAGAGGUUUACGAGUCCACCCAUACGCACCAGCAGGCCGUGAUGCAGCUCCAAGACAAACUAAUGAAUCUAGAGGGCAGGGCCAGCCAACAUCAGAACGUCUUGGAGACUGCUACCAAGAAACAUCUAGAGACAGUAGAGAGGCUACAACAAGAGAAGGCCAUGCUGGAGGUUAAACUACAGGCACAAGAAAAAGAGGCACGAGAAGCAACAAUGAAGGCUGAACAGAGUUCUCAAAAACUGGAGUCACUACAGGAAGAGCUAGGGGGCAAAGUAGCCUGGAUGACACACAUUAUACAGACCAAGUUACCCUUCAAUGAUACAGAAAAGCGUGAGCUGAAUGCCUUGAAUGUUCCAACACAUGACAGGAAACACCAGAUGAAAACCAAGGAGAUUAUUGGUCAGGCUCACACCUUAGUGAAGGAGCUAUGCUCUGGUUUGUCUAAUCUACACACUUACACGGAGCAGAGAUCCAAAAUCUUCCCCAUUGAUUCCGCUACAGGUCCCGUCAGCAUGGUCAAUCAGAAGUUUUGUAGCUAUCUCCAUGAGAAUGCAUCCUACCUUCGUCCUCUUGAGCAGGCCUUUAAGAACUUCCAAGACAGCAUCAAAGAGGAAUCUCUCACAACUCUAGAAACAGCAACAGAACUUCAAGAUUUUUCAGCUAAAUUCAGCCUGUAUGUUGCCUACCUUCAAAAACUCCUGCCAUACCAACUUCUAAGCCUUGAAGAAGAGUGCGCCAUGUCCACUUGCCCCCAGACUCUCGAGUCGCGCAACAUGGAACUCCACGAGUCAUUCAGGAAAUUCACAGCUGCCUUCGUCAAGCUUGAAACCUACCUCACCGCGCUGGCCGCCGUCAGUACCCAGUCAUGUGAUCACCCACAGGCCAAUCACAGGACUUUCUUUGAGAAGUUGUGCGAGUGCUGUCAGAGUAUAUCUGACGUGAUAAAAGAUGUUUCUAAGAAUUACAACUUCAAAGUGUCACUUGAACACCAACUGCCGACUGCUUCCCAGAAGUUGCGAACAACAGAUGAGUGUGUGGUGUCAUCUCUUAUAUCUCUAGUUACAUGUACAGGCAAAAUUGCCAAUUUCACCAAGAGCAACCUGGAGUUUCUUUCUGCACCAGCAGGCUUUCGGACCAGAGGUCAUACUCUCAUCGGGACCAGUCAGUUUGAGGGCGCUGUCACAUCGCCAGCAGUGUCCGUCUUCAGACUGAAGGCUGUUAAGUACAUUGCUUCCCUGUCAAAGUCUUGCCCUGACUCUGUGCCUUACGAGCGAGCGGUCCGUAACCAGCGCAUCCUUCUGAGUUCUACGGAGAGCCAAGAGGGGUUAGCCCAGCAGCUUGCAUCGACCAGCGAGAAGAUCAGUCAACUAGAGCAGGAUAGAGAACAUUGGAAGCUGGAGUCCCAACUGGUACAGAUCAAACUCGCUAAGGAGGUUCAGAAAUGUGUGGUAAUUGAAGAGGAGCUAAGGAGGCUACACUCUGGAGGUAAAGGAGUAAGCCCUGUUGACCAGGGCUCCAUGGUGGCCCAAGCCAUGGCUAAAGCCAGUGAAGUGGACACUAUACCUGGACAUGGAGGAGGGACAAGGAAAUCACAGCCCCAGAUUGACACUUCUAUGCUCGGCCAGCUGGAGGGAAUUACAAUGGAUUUUGGCGAAAGCGAUGAGAAAUCUCGGGAGAACUUGAUCAAAUCUCACUACACCACGCGUUUGGCCCAGCUGACUGCACAGCGACAGGUCGUGGACGGCAAGGUCGUCAACUUCAGCUCGGAGCCUGGAGAUAGUAGUGGGAAAAGCGAUUUUGUCGGUGGGGUGGAGCGAGGGGAUUGGUUGGAUAUGGGUGAGGCAGACUAG